AUGCAGCUUUCUCAAAUCUGCCAGCUCCUUGCCCUUGCGGCCUUUGCCGCCCCUGCGCUCGGCGCCCCCUUGGUUGGCACUGACGUUGCGGGUGUUGAAAAGCGGUCUAGUUAUGACGACAAACCCGCGUAUACGCUGCCGGACCCUCCCGCAGGCAGCAGGCCCAGCUCCACUACAUAUAAACUUUCCGAUCGCCAAAAGAACCAGUACUCCCAACCUCUCCCUAAGCCGCCUAGCAGUUCUAGGAACAUCCGCAAGCCUACCGGACCGCCUGCCCCCAUAGGCGGCCAAGGGAGCCAGCAGAGGCCCCAGAGCCUCCCGCGGCCUGAUUACUAUGUUCAGUUCCCCGAUGAGGACUAG